AUGGCCGGCAACUUUGCGGGGUCAGUGCUCUGCCUCGCAAGACAGAUAACAUUCAACAAUGGUUCUGGUGAAAAUGGGGAGUAUCUCUUGACUACUGAUGAAUGGAGUCCUGCGUUGCAACUCCAGCAAAGUCAGAGACUACUGGCUGAGGAGCUGAGGAACCCCCUUCUCCCGAACCGAUAUCUUAUAUUCUCCCUAGCAGUCAUUAAAUUUUACUGUUUCUCCUCUCUUGAAUCCGAUUCACUAUCCUUAAAGGCUUCCACUGUGCACUAUUCAGAUGAGAUCACAAUGCUUUUUCCAGCCUUCUUGCUAGGGAUUCUGCAGCUGCAUUCGCUGCAUUCUUCUGUAGCCGCUUCGCCAGAUCGUGACGGCCCCAAAGCUCACUGUCAUUAUCCGUCCUUAAUCGAUGCAACCUCGGAGCAGCUCCAGGCUGGACUGUCCAGAAGAUGUUUCUCCAGCGUUGACUUAGUGAAUGCUUAUAUUAAAAGGAUCGCGGAGGUGAACGACACCCUGCAUGUUGUGGCUGAGUUGAACCCAGACGCGGUAAAUAUUGCGCGGCAUCUGGAUGUGGAACGACGACAUGGGAAAAUUCGCGGACCAUUGCAUGGGCUACCCAUUGUCAUUAAAGGAAAUAUCGGCGUUGCGGACAAGAUGCAUACCACAUCUGGUUCUUAUGCCCUUCUGGGAGCAGAACUCCCCGAAGAUUCAACAGUCGUGGCAAAGUUAAAGGAAGCUGGCGUAAUCAUCUUAGGAAUGGCAGGCUUAAGUGAAUGGGCCGGUUUCCGUGCUUCAAAUUCCAGCAAUGGCUGGAGCGCGUAUGGUGGCCAAGUGAUCGGUGCUUAUUAUCCGCGACAAGACCCGGCUGGCAGCUCGAGCGGGAGCGGCGUGGCGUCGGAUUUAGGUCUAGCCUUUGCCGCGCUUGGAACAGAGACAAGUGGCAGCAUUAUUAGCCCUAGCCAACAAAACAACAUUGUCGGUAUCAAGCCAACCGUUGGGCUCACAUCCCGCCAUCUUGUAAUUCCCAUCAGCCAGCAUCUGGACACUGUUGGGGCCAUGGCCAGAACAGUUAAGGACGCUGCCAAACUCCUCCAAAUUAUUGCUGGCCCAGAUUCUAGCGACAACUACACAUCUGCGUUCCCUUUUGAUUGUGUCCCCGACUACCCGGCGGCUUGCCAACAUUCCGCGCUCAAAGGGAAGCGGAUCGGAAUCCCCACAAAUGUCCUUGAGUUUCUUUCCACGGAUCCUGCUGUGAUUGAACCAUUUAAUACUGCUGUGACUCUGCUAGCUGAUUCUGGGGCCAUCAUAGUGAGGGAUGCCAACUACUCUGCAUAUGAGGAAUUCAUGACUAGUCCUUUACCGGUUCAAAUUCUCUAUGCGGAUCUCAUAAAUGGGAUCGCUAAUUACUGCUCCAAACUGAAAACCAAUCCAAACAAUAUCCAUAAUCUUUCCGACCUGCGCCAUUUCGUCCAGACAUUUCCCCUCGAAGACUAUCCAGACCGCGACACCCGUUCUUGGGAUGAAGCCCUGAGGAUUGGCGUUAACAACACCUCACCUGAAUUCUGGCCUAUAUACCAAAAACUGCUGCAGAUGGUUGGCGAAGGCGGUGUACUCGGUGCUCUGCGUAGGAACAACCUUGACGCUAUCGUCCUUCCCAGUAACGUGUCCCCUCUCGCAUCCGGCAUGGCUGGCACUCCAAUGGUGACUGUGCCAAUGAGCGCCUGGCCAGCAGAUACAAAAGUGGUGACUAGCCCAAGGGAUCUUGUGCUUUCCGCCCCUGGGAUGCCCAUGGGAUUAAGCUUCAUGGGCGAUUUGUGGAGCGAGGAAGCUUUGAUUGGGAUGGCCUAUGCAUAUGAGCAGAAGAGUCUCAAGAGGGACACACUGAGUAGGUAUGUGGAACCAAAGACGGAAUUGAAAGAUGUUUUGCGAGGGGGCAAAUAA